CCUGCGCCGGCUUGCACCGGGACGCGCCGACAGCUGGCGCAGCCCUUCGCUCGCCCGGCCUCCCCCUCCCCGGUUCCGCGCACGGGUUCCGCCAUGGAAUCCAACAAGGAUGAAGCCGAGCGCUGUAUUAGCAUCGCCCUCAAGGCCAUUCAGAGCAACCAGCCCAACCGGGCGCUCCGCUUCCUGGAGAAGGCGCAGCGGCUGUACCCGACACCGCGGGUUCGCGCCCUGAUCGAGUCCCUCAACCAGAAACCACAGUCGGCCAGUGACCAGCCCCAACCCACAGACACGACCCACACAACUCACAGGAAAGCAGGUGGGGCCGAUGCCCCCUCAGCCAACGGAGAAGCUGGAGGCGGAGAGAGCACCAAGGGCUACACUGCAGAACAAGUAGCAGCCGUGAAGAGGGUCAAGCAAUGUAAAGAUUACUAUGAGAUCCUGGGAGUGAGCAGAGGGGCCUCAGAUGAGGACCUGAAGAAGGCCUACCGCAAACUGGCCCUCAAAUUCCACCCAGACAAGAACCACGCGCCUGGCGCCACUGAGGCUUUCAAAGCUAUCGGCACAGCAUAUGCAGUCCUUAGCAACCCCGAGAAGAGGAAGCAGUAUGACCAAUUUGGAGACGACAAGAGCCAAGCAGCUCGCCAUGGCCACGGGCAUGGAGACUUCCAUCGUGGCUUUGAGGCUGACAUCUCCCCUGAAGACCUCUUCAACAUGUUCUUUGGUGGUGGCUUCCCUUCUAGUAAUGUCCACGUCUACAGCAACGGACGCAUGCGCUAUACCUAUCAGCAACGGCAGGACCGCAGGGAGAAUCAGGGUGACGGCGGGCUGGGGGUGUUUGUCCAGCUGAUGCCCAUCCUCAUCCUGAUCCUGGUGUCAGCUCUCAGCCAGCUCAUGGUCUCCAGUCCACCCUACAGUCUGAGCCCGAGACCGUCGGUGGGCCAUGUCCACAGGCGAGUCACUGACCAUCUGAGCGUCGUCUACUACGUGGCAGACUCUUUCUCGGAGGAGUACACAGGCUCCAGCCUCAAGACAGUGGAACGGAAUGUGGAAGAUGAUUAUAUCGCCAACCUCCGAAACAACUGCUGGAAGGAAAAACAGCAGAAGGAAGGCUUGCUGUACCGGGCCCGCUACUUCGGCGACACAGAUAUGUACCACAAAGCACAGAGGAUGAGCACCCCAAGCUGUAACCGACUGUCAGAGGUGCAGGCCUCCCUGCAUGGAUAGUCCUGGGCCAGCCACACCACCAAGGUCCAAACUAUGAAAUCCCUGGAGAAUUUCUGGUGACAUGAACUGAGCCAAGGUGAUGAACUGUAUAUUUAAAGAAAGACAUAAAAAGAAAAAAAAUUAAAAUGGAAUUGGAGGCCGAACACAGCACAACUGCCCUCUCUCUCACCCAGUAAAUGCAGAAAGCUCAUAGGACAGACAGGAAAACCUGCCACGGGGCUGCUUUCCUUCCUCCCACGGCUGGCAGAGGCUCAGACUCCACGCUGGCUCUCUCCUAGGAUACAGAAACCAUGGCAACGGAAGCAGGAUGUAAAACUUGCAGCAAGGGUCUGUGGGAAGGGCUGGGGGCGGGGGUGGCAGCAGCCCGCCGCCCCUCUCCCGGGAGCCACUGCCGGUCCCCUCAGGAGAAGACAGUCGCAGGCGGCAGCCCAGGGUGGAGAGGAGGGAAGGGACCUCUACUUGGAAUGUAAUUUAUAGAUGCGUGUAUAUGUAUAUAUAUUUGUAUAUAAAUCGUCAUAUACAAAGAUAUAUAUAUAUAGUUGACUUUUUAACUAUGUCGGGAUUUGGUUAUGUUGUUUAGCUGAUUUCUUCCCUGUUUUAGAAAAAUGGGGCCUACUAGGGGGAGGCAACCUGGUCCUUCAAAAGCAAGACAACCACAGCCGACAGCUUAAGAAAGUUGGGACACAUGCUUUUAAUGUCGGUUCCCCCCACCACCCCGGCCUGCUUUGGAAGGCAGAAGUAAUCAUGAUGGUAUAAAUUUGUAGGAAACUUUUGAAGGAUGCCAGAUUUAUCUUCAAGCUGGAGGGGAGCAGGCCAUGGCAGGGGAGACAGGUGUCCCUAGACAGGUACCAGGUCAGUAUUGCGUCAUGGCAGAGACCCCAGACGAGCUGCUGUGCUGCGAUCACACCCUGAGCUGCCCCCCUCCUCAGCACACUCGGGCUCUUUGUCUUGGUGCCCGGCAGCCCUCUGACCUUCGCCACCAGUGAACAGCGGUGUCUGGAGAGGACCAGGUUCCGCCUGGCCACCUCCACCACCCCCAGGCCCCAAGUGGGUUUGCCUUAUAGACACCGCAGGGCACAAAUCCAUCGUUGCCACAGGCUUUUCCAAAUGGCACACCAAGGACUCCAGAAGGCUGUUUCUCCAAGAGUCAGUUAGGUCGUGCCCAGGACCGGAGCAGCCACUGGCUCCUGAAGAGAAGUCAACAUCUGUGGGCGUCAUGUCUUCACCCUCCAUGGACGGGACUCCACUGGGCCUUCUCUUGCACUUUGGAUAAGGAUACAACAGGGUUUUCUUAUCUUCACCUUCCAAUGAGGAUUAUUCUCAAAAUAGCUGUUGCUGCCAGGAGAAGGGAGGGAGGUUUUAUUUAUUCCCAGUUUAUACUGGGCCUUUUGGAAUUAAUGUUUUUCCUGAAUUUUUCUCUGGCAGUGGGGUGUCAUUGAGCCUCCCAUCUACCAAAGCCUUAUUUCCCCAAGCUGCCAGCCAGGCAGUGACAACUACCCUCCCAGGGGUUCUCUUGGCUUUUAUUUCUUAAAUGCCCCAACAAAUCAGAUUCUUGAUGGGAAAGAGAUGUCAAAUCUGUUUUUUUUUUAAACAAGGCCCUAGCCUGUGAUGAAAUGGCCACCCUGGCCCAGAAGGAUGAUAAGAACUGGACGUGGGCACAAGUGACCCCCAUGGUGGCCCUGGUGCUCUGCCCCCACCACCCCAUCCGUCUGGUCUCAGUAGAUGUCCCUAGAUGGGUUGAGCCGUGUGCAAUAAGAACAUAAAUCCUAAAGGAUCCCCUGAGAAGCUGUAAUUCUUGAAUUUGAACUCUGAAAUUGUACAUCUAUAAAUAUAUGUUUAUUAUGUGA